AUGCCUACACCACUUCCAUCGAGUUUCGCUUCGGCCGCCGCCGGUAACACCCAGGACCCCAGUCGGAGGGGGGAUGGUUCGACCAGCGGAGAAUGGUCUCGAAACCGCAUGAACGGAGCUACGCAGACCUUCCGUCGCCCUUCCGUCGCGACCAACGCCACCCACCAGCGGGAUAGUAGCCAGCCUGCAUCUGCUUCGACACCCGUUGGCGGCGCGUACAUCCCCCCACACAUGAGCUCAAAUACUUCUAGCAUUGCACGGAAUGGAGACUCCCGGUACUCCAAGGAUGAGCUUCUAGAGCUGUAUAAAUCACAGCGUGACGUGGGAUCCUUGAGUAGAAACGUGGAGGAAUACUUCGUGGCAGACUGGGAUCCCCACACAGUUUCAGCUCCCGCAAACGGUGCGUGGGGGAAGCGGGAUGACCACAAGAAUGGCUCCGCGGGGCCCGAGGUGUGUUGGGACCACGGUGGUCAAGUGGAACCUCUCGGGCUGACGGGCAUGACGGAGGACGAGCGGGAGAUGUUCGCCGCCUCGGUCAAUUCCCCUCUGAAGCCGCCUCCUACCAACGCCGCGAAGGAAAAUGUUAUUCCCGGAACAGGUGGUCGCAAAUCUUCUAUCUCCUACCCCCAGGGCCAUAUCAAUAACUACAAUACCUCCUCUCCUACCGCUGGGCGUCCUGGUGUCCGCCGUAGGGAGACGGGCGAAUCGAUUGGGAACCCCAUGUCCCCCACCGGCUCGAACUCCCGAUUCUUCCGCGACGAGGCCAACACUUCUACCCCUCCACCAGCCUUGUUACGCCGUAAGACCGAUUUCCGAGAACCCAACCCAAAGCUCGAUGAGAAGGUCAAGGAAGGAAGGGAGGAUCCUUCCUCUCCGUUUGGUUCCCUGAAGCGAAGCUCUACCAAUCCCCUGAACACAGGUGUGAGUGGACCGAGCUCCCCUUGGGGAUCGGCCUCGCACAACGCCAAUUUCUCGCCGAUGGGCGCGUUCGGAGCGUUUUCUCUCGGCUCGAACGCCAAUACCCCGACCACCGAAAAGAAGCCGGGCUAUGGAAGCCUUCGGGGUGAAAGCAGGUUUAAGGGGCUGUUGUCCAAGGACAGCACCGAGGACAUGGCCGGCUCCGCCAAGGAAAAACCUUUGAGUAACCUUGAACGGCUAGCUGAAAACGAACAUGAUGCGCGGUCUCAGUCACCCUGGGGAGAAGCAGUCAAGACGCGUCUCAACCGGAGUGAAACCAACCCCUUCGAUGAGCCCCGCAGCGGAAGUGCUGCCCUUGGCGGAUCCCAGGACGUCGAAGGUCCUCCUCAAUCUGAUCUCGGCUUUGGCGCAUUUGGAAUGACCUCCAGCAUUCCCGGCUUCCGUGAGCUGAUGCAAAGCCAGGAGAAUUCCAGGAACCCAACUCCCAGUCUUCUCCAGGGCCAUGAACCGACCAGCCCCACCAACACUAAUCCAUACCAAAGCCCGCAUGGUGAUCGCCAUGGUGACCGGGCGGAGGCAGAGGAUGUUGAUACCGAUGGAUCGGAUAUCCAGCAGGCUCAGCAUCCCGGUCUUAGUGGACUUCGGGACCCUACCAACCCAUUCGGCUCGAUGAGACGGGCCGGCUCGGGAAUGGAUCUUCCUUCCGUUGACCGCAGCCAAAACUCUAGUGUCAAUGCUAACCGUACCUUCUCUGGACUCGGCGGCCUGGGUGGGCUUUCUUCCCUUGGUGGUCCAUCGGCUUGGUCAUCUGGCGCUGCCGUCGGUACCCCCACUCGCGAGCGAUCUGCUUUCGCUGGUGGAUUUGGUGAUCCAAUCUUCGGCUCAAUGGGCGAUCUCCAGUCUCCUAGCUUGUCUACCCUGGGUGGAGGCGGUCUCUUCAGCCCCCACGCUGGCAUUACCGGCACAGGAAGCAUUGGCCGAUCCAGCAAGCUGGGCGCUCUGUUCUCUUCGAUGCAAGACGAGCAAGGUCGCUCAGACUCCGUCGGACUGGAAGGAUUUGACCCCCAACAGGCCGAGAAGGCUGGUCAAGCAAGCCACCCUGGAUCGACACCUACUUCUCAAACCCCUGUCUCAGCGGUUGGUUCUAUGGCCAACCUAGCUGGCCACGACAUCCAGCCUACUGGAACCCCUGGUGGUUCUAUCCCUACCUCUCAGCAGCGUACCAUGGUCAUGCCCGAUAGGAUGCGUUGGAUCUACCGCGACCCCCAGGGUAACAUCCAAGGCCCGUGGACUGGACUUGAGAUGCACGAUUGGUUCAAGGCUGGCUUCUUCAGUCCGGAUCUGCAGAUCAAGAAGCUCGAGGACACCGAGUUUGAGCCUCUCGCUCAGUUAGUGCGACGCAUUGGGAACUCGCGCGAGCCAUUCCUUGUUCCGCAAAUUGGCCUCCCUCAUGGCCCAGAGCCUGCUGUCGCCCAGUGGACUCAAAACAGCAAUGCCGGCUCUGCACAGCCACCUUUCCCUGGCAGUUUCCCAAGCUUCGGCACUACGUUGACGGCCGAGCAGCAGAAUGCUCUUGAACGCCGUAAGCAGGAAGAGCAAUACCUGAUGGCCCGACAGAAGGAGCACUUGGCUCAGCAACAAGCUAUCAUGAAGCAGAUGGCGCCUCCUGGAGCUCCUUCUUCCUCUAUGAACCCCCCUCUUCAGCACCAGUCCAGUGCCCACAGCCUCCAAAGCCAGCCCAGCUUCGGAAGUAUCACUUCCCCUGUUGGUUACCAGCCAUCUCCCAUCCAGGCUCCUAUGCAACAGGGAUCCCAAACGGGUGCUGGCUUCUUUGAUGGUGCCACCCAGAGCCGACAAGGUGGAUUGUCAAACGUUGGACCAGGUAUGCUGGGAACUGACUUCGGUGGCCAAGACCAGCUUCCCGCUCUUUUGGACCGAUUGAAUGUCCGUCAGGAUCCCUUUGCCUUCGGAAAUGCCGGAUCUUUUGCCGGUCGCCAGGCCGAUAGCUUCUUGCAGUCUCAGCAAGUUACUCAGAUGCUCCAGGACCGUGCUCAGCUUCAGCAGGAGCAGGAGGACUUUGACAAAGCCCACGAGGAUGAUCCAUUCGACCAGCACGCCCGAGAAGAACGUCUGCGCCAAUUCCAUGCCCUUCGCGCCCAGGAAGGCGAGAUGGGCAUGCGCACCGCAGAGGGCCUACCCACACACCCUGCCGCUGCUUCCCAGCAGCACGAAGCUGAUGUCGCUGCCGAGAUGGAGGAGGCAGCUCACCAGCUCACUGACUCUGUCACUGGCUCCGAGCCACUCACCCUUUCUCAACAAGUUCACAAGGCCGCCUCCGCCCAGCGCCAACAGCAAGAACAGGAGCAGAGCCACGGCCCCCCUGAGUCCGUCUGGAAGGUUGAUCAUGCCAUGCCCCAGCCUUUCCCUCCCCCUCCCUCUGCCUCUCCUCUGCCCGCCCCCACUGCUCAGCGCAACCGCCAAAAUGUUGCUGAGUCUUUGGCUACUGGCUCGCGCUCUCAGACUCAGACUCCCGUCGAUGCAGCGCCUACCUCUGUUGCGCCCUGGGCAAAGGAAGCCAAUGACUUGCCGAAGGGUCCAUCUCUGAAGGAGAUUCAGGAAGCCGAGGCUCGCACUGCUGCUCAGCGUGAGGAAGUUGCUGCCGCUGCUCGCCGUGCACAGUUCCUCGCAGAGCAGGAGCGUCUGAGCCAGGCUCAAGCACAGGCUGCCCCUGGUCUUCCCUCAUCCGCAAACUGGGCCAGUGCUGGAUCUCCCGCCCCUGUCUCAACUGGAUCCCCCUGGGCCAAUAAGAGCGCACCCGCUCCCACCGGUGCUGCUGCCAAGAAGACACUUGCUCAAAUCCAGAAGGAAGAAGAGGCCCGCAAGAACCGUGCUGCUGCGGCUGCCGCCGCCGCCAUGGCAGCUACCCCCAGCCCUCCUGUUCCAUCUUCCACCGGCAAGCGCUAUGCUGACCUUGCCAGCAAGGGCCCUGCCCCUGCUGCCCCCGCCGGCCCGGCCUCUAGUGCCUGGACCACCGUCGGUGCCAGUGGCAAGGUCAAGGGCGCACCCACUGCCCCCUUGGGACCCCGCUCUUCCGGUGCCACAGCCCCUAUGUCACCUGUCAUUGCUAAGCCUCGUCCUACCAUCACUCCCCGCACCGUGACUAGCGGCAAUCUUCCCCAGUCCAACCCCAACCAGGCCGUUGAAGAGUUCACCAAGUGGGCGACUCUCAGCUUGAGUAAGGGGUUGAACACUGGCAUCAAUGUCGAUGACUUUGUCCAGCAGCUUCUCUUCCUCCCCGCCGAGGCGGAGAUUAUUUCCGACUCUGUCUAUGCCAACUCUCAGACCCUCGACGGCCGUCGCUUCGCUGAGGAGUUUAUCCGCCGCCGCAAGCUCGCCGAUAAGGGUAUUGUUGACCCAGUGUCUCCCAGUGCCUUCGGCGAGCAGAAGAGCGGCGGCGGCUGGAGUGAGGUUGCCAAGAAGGGCUCUGCUGCCACUGUUGUGGCUGCUGCUCAACGUGAAGAGGAGGCUGCCACCUCUGCGUUCAAGGUUGUCGCUCCCCGCAAGAAGGGCAAGCGCUAA